AUGGAUGCGAGUGGCACCUCUGACCCGUACAUUGAGAUCUACGUGAACGACGUGCAAAGGGCCAAGACCAAAACGGUCAAGCGGACGCUGAAUCCCACGUUUGCUUUCGAGGAAGAGAUUGCGAUUUGGUCGCCAUUUUCCAUCGUGACGCUUCGCGCCGUGGAUAAAGACAUGCUCACCAAGGAUGAUCCGAUUGGGUUUGUCGAUUUUUGCGUCGCAGAUCUGCACCCGAACGGUGAGGAAGUGCGGGGACAACUGGAGCUCCGGAAGAUGGAGCACUUCGAAGGCACUGCCAAGAGACGGUUCUUGAAGCACCGUCGCCGGCGGGACGACACCUAUGAUGAAGAUGAGCUCCAACCAAGCCCUGAGGCCGAGCGCGACCGCGACGACGCAGAAGAUGACGGGACUAUCUCUUCUUUUGCUGCCCUGAUGGGCAAAAAGGGCCUGUCUCGGAGCAUGUCCAAGGCAGCAGAAACAAUGGUCAAGGCGGCAGAAAUGGCAGAGAAAGUGAAGCCUAGAAUUGUGACGACUCUGCAGACGAAGGUGGCGAACGUAAAGCCACCUCGGCCCGCCAUGUGCUGCGGGGGCUUGAAUGGGGAGAAGGAUGAAACCUCUGGUUUCCUGCACUGGCGCAAGAAACGGCUGAAUGCUGGUGAGAUUGACAUAUCAAUGAGACUGGAAACGCAUAUGCAGCCGUCCUACCCCGAUCACGAGGUGCCGAAGCAUGAGCUCCUCUACACAGCAGUCUUCGAACCCGAGAGGAUCCAGGAGGUCGUCAAAGAUGCUGAGUGGUUUGCCUGCUGCUUUCCCAUGCCGUCUUUUCAGAGUGCCGAGCAGCUCUCAGACAAGUUUUCCGUCGGUGCCAUCAAAAGCUUUUGGGAGGAUUUGCUUGAGGCGGUGGAGCAACUCCUGCAGGUCUUCGUUUGGCCGAUCUUCAACGUCUUCCUUCUGAUCGUGGGGUGGUACUACUGGCCUCUUUCUUUUGGUGCUCUGGCCUUCAUGUGGCUCUGGUUCUUCUGCUUCGCAGAGAUGAUCUGCAUCAGCCCUUUGGUGGUGCUGGCUUGCUUCCAUGCGCUGCGGAACCGAAGCUGCUCCAACUUCUUGUUUGCGCAUCCGAAAGUUGCGCCUUUGAACGAACAAGGGUUGAAGAUGGUUACCUUCCUCAGCAGCUCGAAGGCCAUGGGGCUCUGGCUCAAACGACUGGUCAAGGACCAGGGGGGCUGGAUCGACAAGCCGGCGGGGCUCAAGGAGUUUGCCAAGCGCACGCACAAGGAUGGACAGCCCGCACCGGAUUUCGCGAACUUCGAGGACCUCUUGAGGACACUGCGGUCCUCCACAUGUUCGCACUUCAUCUCCUGGCACAGACAGCCGACGAAGUGUCGCUACUGCGAGGAGAACAAGUGCGACAAGGGGAACUGCAGGUUGGAGUUCUGGGGUGAUGGUGCCGUGUGCGGUGGUGAUGCUAGCAUCGAGGGGUGGCAGCUGUGGAAAUGCUGCGGGCGGAAGUGCAAGAACAAGCGGGAUGACGAACCGUGUUGUCCAGAAGGCCGAGAUGCCGAGCCUCCACGGCUGCACAUCGGAUGCCAGCGGUAUCGCUGCCCCUGCUGCGCCAAGAACGGUCUCCCGUCGCGGGACAUCUGCGGAGCUUGUGUGCACGGCAGCACCGGCUCAAUGAUCAUGCACAUGGCAGAGACGUCCGCCGCGAAACAGCUGCCAAUCUUCCGGAGUACGGUGAUGAAGGCAAUCAAGGAGGUGAUCUACGACUCCGGUCCCAUGCUGGAGCUCUUCCAGGAUUUCAUGAAGAGGGCCCUUCGUGUGCUGGAGCAUUUGCGCACCGCCAAAAACCUAGACAAAGAGGUCGAGAAAUAUUCGGUGUAUACGAGCGUCACGCUGCAUGUUCUCAAGUGGGUCUUGGGUGAGUAUUUCGUGCCGCUGCUUGCGCUCGUCGUGAAGCUGACGAUCCUAGUCGUUGGCACAAUGGUGAUUCUGCUGAAUUCGGCGCCCCUCCGCCGGCUGCGAACGGCAGAACUGGCCAGCCGGCGCCUGCACCGGUGCCAAAAGUGGCGCCGGCGUGGAGGGCGCCAGGACUGUCCGAACUGGAAGUUCUUCACGCCCGACUCGGAUAGCCAGCCAGCUCUGCGACUGCCGAUCAAGUCCUUCGACACCCUCGGCGAAGAGUUCGACCAAUCAUUGAACUUCCCCGUGAGCCCCUAUGGCAAAGCCUAG